AAUAAUUUCUACUUUUUUAUUUUAAUUUUCAGAUAAAAAAGAAUAUCUUUGAGUUGCCGUACAUUUAAGAAAAUGGGAGGAUCGAGUAAGCGUAAGAACAAGAGCUAUUAUGCAAAUGCCUCUAAGAAAGCUCGAUAUGCAGGGCAGGGACGUAUGCUGGCUGAGAAUAUGAGAGGAUUCCUGCUUACUUGUAAUAAUAGGGAGAAAGAGGCUGUGAGAGAAGCUUAUAAUUUGUUCAAUGAAUACGCUGAUAGUCUUUACGGUUCAGAUAAAACAAAUCAGGGAAUGAAGGGAGAAAUGAUAAAUAAAGAAGAAGAAAAAGUAAAGGUGGAGGAAGAGGAGGAAGAAGUAGAAGAUAUUGAAGCUGCUUUUGAAAAGGAGAAGGAAAACUUAGUGAAGAAGAGAAAAGAGGAAAAAAGAUUUCAAAUGGUGGAAAGUGGAGCUAACAAUUGUAUAUUCAUCAAAACUACUCUUCAGAAUCCAACAGAACUAGUAAACAAGUUGGUUGAAGAAAUCCACGAAACUAAAGCAAACAAAGCCAGAUAUAUUCUCAGGUUGAUUCCCGUGUUGGGAACAUGUAAAGCUUAUGAGAAGAAUAUGAUAGAACUUGGUCAAUCUGUUCUCAAGGAACCGUUUGCUGGUGCUACUAGUCCAACCUUUGCUAUAAUAUUUAAGACAAGGAACAAUAAUCAAGUCACCAGAGAUGAUACAAUUCAAACUUUUGCUAAAGUUGUGCGGGAUUUAAAUCCUGCAGCUAAGGUUGAGUUCAAGGAUCCGGAUAUAUGUAUUAUUAUUGAAAUUAUCAGGAACGUCUGCUGUGUCGGUGUUGUAAGGAACUUCUACAAGUACAAGAAGUACAACCUGGUGGAGAUUGCUAAAGAUGGGGUGAAAGAAGAAACUAAGGAGGAUAAUCCGAUUGGGGAGGCAAGCACGGAAAAUGCCGAGAAUAAUUCUCUAGAGAAAAGUGCGCAAAACGGAAAUGAAACUGGGAAAGAAGAAGAAGAAAUAAUAGCGAAGGAAGAAGUAAAAUCAGAAGUUGUUGAAAAAGAAAACACAUUUCCUGCUGAUACUCUUACAGAAGAUGGCUGAUUAAAAUCCUGUUUUUAUUUUAAAAUUUUGUCAGA